AUGUCGACACCAACAACAAACAAAGAGCAUGAUGAAUGUAACACCAUCGGUAGCAUCUGUAGUAGCAGCAUCAGCAGCAACAACAGCAACGACAGCGACCACAACACCAUCAGCGCUAAUAUGAGUGUCACAGCCUGCCUUCAGAAAAUUAAUAUCGUUGGUUUUGAUGACGACGACGACGACGAUGAAGGACUUGGUCAGGAUGAUAAUGAUGACAGGAUAUAUCAGAAUGUUAAUGUGAGCGAGAAUGAUAAAGUGAUGAAGAUUCUUGAAAAGCUUGGAUCCAACAGGGAUGAUGACGACCUUGAGUUACUCAUGGACUUCACUAAAUAUAUGAUUGCUUUCAACAAUGUGAGCCAAUUAGUGAAGAGAGAUCUAUGCAAGCAGAUGACUGUUAAAUGCUUCCAGCAAUCUGAUUGGCUGAUCUUGAGUGAUGGGGAGGAGCUAAAAAACUGGUAUGUUGUCUUGAAUGGCAGUGUCAAGGUUGUGAAGGCAGAUGGUUCCAUUGAUGUUCUGAAUGUUGGACAAGCGUUUGGCAUAACGAACAACGAUGACGAUGAGAGUUUAGUGUACAAGCAAGAUGGGUGUGUCUUCACCAAUCAGGCAAACUGUCAACUCUUGAUUGUUGAGAAAGUUGAGUACAUCAGGAUAUUUCACGAGUAUGAAGACAGCAAGAUGACCAUAGAAGAUAAUGGAAGUAUCGUCAUGAUUCUGGAAAAGUUUCGCUGUUCUGAUAAUGACGAAGACAGAAAAAAUGGCUACAUAGUCGUGCAGGGCACAAAGAAAAAGUUGAUAACCCAAUUAUUUGAAACUAAUUCAUGUGACCCAACUUACAUAGAAGAUUUCUUGCUGACCUAUCGUGUCUUCAUAGAUGACCCAGUCAUGAUCAUCAGCUACUUGUACGAAGUUUUCAAGGAGAAGAGUAACAAAAACGCCAUCGCUCUUAUCCUCAUUCUCUGGAUGAAUAACCACUUUGAAGACUUUGAAGACAACAAGCAGAUGCUCAGUUACGUGGAAAUGUUCAAGUCACUCUUUGUUGUGCACGCAAUGGUCGGUCACUUCAAGAUGCUGGAGAUGGCGCUGGCCACACACUCCCAGCCUCGCAUCAUCACCCUCAGUCGAUCCGACAAACAGGAAAGUCUCAAGUUCGUACUCAUCAGUGCUGUAGAUUUGGGAGUCCAAGGUGUGUUUGUUCUGAAGGUUGACAAGUCGUCCAAACUCUACAGAGAUGGAAUGAGAGUCGGAGAUCAGGCAUGUGCGUUGAAGAGCGUAGAACCGCACAACAAAUCCUGCUUUUAUUGGAGAGGCAACAGAAAGUUUGGAAGUUUGCAGCAUUCAACUUGUUCGAGCAGGAACGUGACUGACAGACAGAACAAUUCCUUCAAUGUGUCUCCACUCAUGCACAAGAUGUCAAUAUUGACGAGCAAUGACGACGUUGACGACGAUGGAGCUGUCCUAGAUGACGACAAUGUCGACAAUGGAACUUUUUUCAGACUCACCAGAUUGUUUUCUAUUGGCAGGAAGAAAUCUUACCCAGAAUUAUCUUCCUCAUCAUUGUCGUCACUUUCUUCUUCAUCAACCAACACAUCGUCAUACUCAUCCUCUUCGUCAUCGUCUUCAUCAACGUCAUCAAAAUUCAAAACUCUCUUCGUGCGAAAGAAGUGCAAACUAUCACAGAUAGAAUCCAACAGAUGUUACCAGACCAUAAGCAACAGCAAUCCCGAUCUCCUGGACAACCACCACCUCUCCCUGCCUUCUCCCAACGUCCACCGCCAUUCAAACCACAACCUUUCCCACAAACGCGGCCCCUUCAUGGCCCCCAACAGGUCAACUGUUGACGGUCCGAACAAUGACGUCAUCAUCAGGGUCUUUAUGGUUGAUCAUUCAUACAGGAAUGUUUUCAUUAGCAAGUACACCACAAGUCGAGACGUUGUUGUGAUGGCCCUCAAUGAAUUUGGAUGCGUUGACAAUCCUGGAUUUUACUCGUUAUGUGAGGUGUUGUUUGAGAAGGAGGGCUACACGAAGACUCGCAUGCUGGCCGACCACACUAACAACCUCUUUGACAGAUUAGCCAUCAAUGCUAGGUAUUACCUGAAACACAGCAGCAUGUCAACGAUAGCAGUUCCUGAUGAAAGCAUUCCAAUUGUAAUGCAGGACUGUCGUUUCACUCUCCUUGACCUGCCCGCCAUGGAGGUUGCCGUCAGGUUAACCCUGAAGUCCAAUGACCUGGUCAGGUCGAUCAAACCAUCAGAACAUGUCGUUGACCUCAUGUGCUCCAAACUUAACAAAAAGUCAUGCAAGGCUAAUCUUGAGAAGUUUUCAAAUCUAUCCAACGAGGAAAUGUUCUGGGUGAUAACUGAAAUUUGUUCAGAACAGGACAUCAUUAAGAGGAUGAAACUCGUGAAACACUUCAUUAAGAUUGCAAAACUUUGCAGACGAGCGCAGAACUUCAAUUCGUCAUUCGCCAUAACAAGCGGCCUUAUGCACGGAUCAGUCAGCCGAAUGAAGCAAACGUGGGACAAACUUCCUCCCAAGUAUCUCAACUUUUUCGAGGAGCUGCAGGAGGACAUGAACCCAUCACGUAACAUGGCCAAGUACAGAAACCUCGUGAAUUCCAAGUCACCUAACCAUCCAGCUAUUCCAUUCUACCCGAUGUUUAAGAAGGAUCUGACCUUCAUCCACCUGUGCAACGACACCAUGGCCUCCAGUCAUCUGGUCA